AGCUCACACAGAAACUACCAUGGUAUCGAUUGCCUAAGUAUUUUAUAGAGAGGUUUAUGUCAGGUUGUACACACCCAUGCCAAGCAUACUUGUAUGACCCCUUACCUAGUUUACGAACGCUCCCGUGGUGUGUUGUAUUUAAUGUCAUGUGAAGUCGUGUGUUGGACCAGCUGGGAUGUGGACAUGUAGGGUCAAAGGUGUGUACUAGAGGAGGAAACGGUUACUUUGACCUAAGUGGAGUUGUUUAGAGCUCAGGGUUCAAUAUGGGUCCGUGGUGUCAGUCUGACUGCAUACUUUAAAAUGAUAAACUAAUCAAAAGGCAGGAGCCCAGUCAUGCAUAAUAUAACAAUUAUAUACAACUAGCAGCAGAGUGAUAAGUCCUUGUUCCCUGUUGACAAAUGUGAGGACCUACUAGGUUGUUAAAAUAAGGAAUGUCGUAAGCGUAUUAUUGACAUCUGGAGUUUGCGAUUUAGUAAUAUUGUACUGUGUAUUACAUUUUAUUGAUCUGAAAAGUACUUUAUUAUUAGAUUGUCUUUGGACAAAAGCAUCUGCUAAAUACCUUAAUAAUAACCAUAACUGCAUAUAGAAUGGGUAGAGAUGGUUACUUCUAUGGGGAUUUUUUAGUUUGAUAAAAAUUCUGUCCAUUUUCUUUAGAGUGUAGUAUUGCCAGGAUACACACCUUACUUGGUGCUGUAGCAGGACUUAAAAAAAAAAAAAGCCCCUAUUUAUUUAUUCCAAGCAAGGAGUCACUGUCUCGAGGCAGCAUAACAGGAACAAAUCCGUUUUUUGACCACCAAGGUGACAUUUGUGUGACCCCUUCACCUCACUUCUCUGCAGGUGGGGGCAGGUAGAGUGCAGGGUACAGUUACACAUAGCACAGUCACAUUGUGGCAGCUCUAAAGUCCUGAAGCCAGGCACCCAGGUGUUCAGUCAGCUGAGGUGUCAUUUCCCUCGUCUGUGGUGUUAUGCAAUCACCUGUUAUGACAGCAUUUUGAUAUAAAAUGACUACAUCUUAAGGUAGUCCAGACUCCACACACGAGUCCAAGUGGCAGCUGCGCCUGUGAAGGAUGUUAUCAAGGCUCGCUCGCUGUGUCUCCAGCGCCUGCAUAUCUAGGGCAACCCGGCAGGUGGUGAACGGCCAUGGGAAACGCAAACUGCCGGCCGUCCCUGUGGUCGCGUACGCACGAGGUCACCAGACGCUCGCCACUGCUACCUCGUCCCUUCCUGUGGUCGGGGCCACUCCGGUGGUGAGGCACGCCCGCACCCUGGAGCAGGAGAGGCUGCUGCAGGUGGAGUGGGAGGAUGGAAGCUGCAGCCUGUACCCCUUCACCUGGCUGCGGGACAACUGCCAGUGCCCCCUCUGCACCCUCCAGUCGGCCCAGGCACGGAGUCUGCCGCUCUCCCAGCUGGACGUACACACCGGGGUGGACAGUGUUCAGGUCACGGAAAACAACAAGGUUUCUGUAAUAUGGCCUGACCAGCACAGCAGUGAGUUUAAUCCUAACUGGCUGAAGAAACGUUGCUUUUCACCAGAGGCAAGGCAAGCUACACAAGAGGAGCUUUUCCUUAAUGAGCGCGAGUAUUGGGACACUGGCCUGCGGAUCCCCACGGCGAGCUUCGAGGAGGUUCUCCACGACGACAAGGCCGCGCUGGACUGGCUGCUGGCGCUGCGGCGCGUGGGCAUCGUCUACCUGAAGGGGGCGCCGGUGGAGCAGGGUCAGGUGGCCCGCCUGAGCGAGCGGAUCGGCUACCUGAGGCUGACCUUCUACGGACACACAUGGCAAGUGCAAGACAAACCGAUGGCUAAUAAUGUGGCCUAUACCUCUGGCAAACUGAGCCUUCACACAGACUAUCCAGCACUGCACUAUCCACCAGGGGUUCAGUUCCUGCACUGCCUGGCGCAGGCGCGGGAGGGCGGUGAGAGCGAGGUGGUGGACGGCUUCCACAUGGCAGAGCUGCUGCGCCGCAGGGACCCCGAGGCCUUCCGUGCGCUCACCACGCUACGCGUCGAUUUCACCGACACCGGCACCGACUAUUGCGACUUCUGUGUGCAGUCCAAAAACCACAUUAUUGAUGUGGACCAUGUGGGGAGAGUGGUGAGGAUCAACUACAACAAUGCCACCAGAGAUUCCGUGCUGGACUUUCCGCUCGACAAGGUCCAGCACUUCUACGCCUCGCUCAAGGCCUAUGUAGGGCUGAUGACCCAGCCUGAGAACGUGGUCACCUAUACGAUGAAACCAGGCGACCUGGUGACCUUUGACAACUGGCGACUGCUCCACGGCCGCAGGAACUACCUGUCUGAUGCCAACUCCCGUCGACACCUGGAGGGCGCGUACCUAGAUUGGGACGAGGUCAUGUCCCGUCUGCGGAUCCUUCGGAAGGCUGUGCACGGAGACAACUAAAUCCCCCCAUGACCACUGACAUACACAGCUCAUCCGGGGCAGUCUCCAGCAGGAGGUUCCUCUGCUGUAGAGUGUGCACUACCAGCUCCAGCUAGGCAAAACUCAGUCACCCCCCCCCCCCCCAAACUCAGUCACUUCAGUGGCCUUAAACUGACGAAAGAUCUCCACCAAUGGCCCUGUCCUUGGGACUCAAGACUCAAGUAAAUGUCUGUUGCUUAUGCAUGUUGAGAAGGGUGACGCUUUCAUUGCUAGCUUUCUUGUCUCUCAGGGCUUUCCUUAUGUUCAUUCAAGUUCAACCCUUCCCAAUCUGGUUGUGGCCAUGGCUUUCAUUUCCCAUUGGUUUAACUGAGAGAUGUUUAAGGUCACCCAACAUGGUGGGCUAUUCAGCCAUAUUUCUACUUGCUAUUUUUUUAUGUUUUGGUGUCAUGUUUUUUUUUGUUUUACUGAAAAAUGUAUUUUGAAUACAAGAUCCUGUUGGCCAGUAAGCCAGGAAAAGUCUUGGGGUAUGGGAAUAUGCCUUAAAUCUUCUUUUCUAUUUUAAGAUUUUAUUGUAUACAAAUCGUUAUAUUUUUAUAAGUGUAUGCAGGUCUUCACUUUAGCUUUAAACUCUUACACUUACAGUGUACAGACAUCAGAUCAUGUAAGUGUAUUAUCUACACAUCCAGUAAGCUACUGUGGGUUUCAUAUGCCCCUUCAUUUCCAUGGUCAGAGUAUAGGGCAUGCCAGUAGAUGGGGACGAUGAAGUAGCCAAAGAACAUAUUUGCAGAUGAGGUGGGUGUCAAUAGCCUUAUAUCCAAUAAGCCUAAUAGCCAGGGCCAAUUUGUUUUUCAAACAAGUUUUCCCUCUUCACCACAUACAGCCUGGUGCAGCAUUCACAAUUGGUAUUGGCUUACAGAAGAGCAUUAUCAAAUAGAUUUGAAGUGUGUGAAUCAUUCUUUAACUAUUUAGACCUUUAGAUUUGUUAUGGUCUUUCGUGUCCAUCAGAUUUGUCCAGACAACUUCCUCAGCACUUUGUGUCUUAUUUAUUGACGAGGAUUGGUUUAUGGCUAGUUUGACAUGUCUAUGCCUUACAAAUCUACUCUACUUGGGUCCCCAACAAAUAGUCAUUAGUCAUUUGUUCUGUUAGUAAACAUGUGCAAUCACACACUCCUUGGUAACAUGCAGUGUAUAGGUAGGACAGGAUGUGAAGUCUUAAUAUUCUGGAAAUAUGGGAAUAACUACAGCAUCGAUAAAUGUUGGAAAUCUGAUGAUGGUUUUUCGGUUAGCGUUUUUAAAAUCACUGCGCUUUUGCCUUAUGCAUUAUUACUACAGCACGUUCUUUGUGACCUCAUUUGUUUCUUGCACACAUCAUUAAAUAACAAAAUGUGAUCCACAAGAAA